GUUUAUAUUCAGAAUGAGAAUCAAAAUGGCUGUCAGUUGCUAAUUUUACCUCCAUGAUAGACUCAAUUCUUACUUGCAUGCGAACUUCAGGCCAGCAAUAAGAACUCUUUUCGAAUGAUGUGACCACUUAUGACUCCUGAAGUGAUUCUUUGUUUGCUUGAAUGAGUGAAAUGUCGGGAUCGGACUCCUUUCAGUGCUUCAGAAGCCAGGUCGACCUCUUCUUGAAGGGUGACAAUCUAUCACGCAAAUUUCAUGACUUAUUCGAGUACAAGGAUGCUGAAUCAGUCAAGAAAAAGCUUGAGAAGAAAAAGACAAAGAAAAAGAAAGUGAAGACCAAAGACAAGAAGCAAAAGAGAGAGAAGAGCCCAGAAAUUGCAGAGUCCCAGAGUUCUGCCAUCACAACACACGGCAAUGCGUCCGUCUUCUCUGUGUACGCCACAGUUCGCCAGGUUGUCCUGGCCCAGGCCAUCAGGGAGUCGACACGCCUCUACCACAUGGCCAACACGGCCACCGACUCAGACAGUGACAGUGAUGAGGAUGGGGAGGAAAAAGCCAAAGACUUACAAAUCAAGAUACCCAAAAUUGUUGGCUUGGGUCUCAAUGGUGUAUUUGAGUUGGUGAGAGAGUCACGCUCUGUGUACCCUGAGCUUUGCGUCAAAGCCUUACAUGCUUUGCUUGACCUGUUGCAAGGUCAGCAGCCAGAAGGCAUGAAGAGAGAACCGCCGGAUAUUGUGGAAAAUCUCUUCUCCCUGCUGAUGGACCUGGCCACCAACACAGGAGAUGGGGAGCGCACCAAAGGCGGAGGUUCAAUGAGCUCCCUGGCCUGCUCAGCUCUCAUCAGCCUCACCAUCGCACUCGGCGACACGGAGAAGCUACUCCGCGCCAUCACAGUAAUGCUCAUGUCCCGCUCAGGACUUGAACUGCAGGACAUACAGGUUCCGGGAAUUCUGGCAGCGCUUCAAAAGAGUGUCCAAGCAGUUUUGUUGGGCAAGUCCCAUCUCCCUGAUUGGUUCAACUAUGGAAUCAAGGCCAAGUGCCAGGCACAGAUUUUCAAAUUACAAAAUGCCAAGGUUGGAGAAUGUCUGGUUGAAAACUCAGCCAUUGCCAGUGAUGGUCGCUACCUGUACAUACUCAACAAAUAUGGACUGUACAAAGUUGGCUCAGGAUACGGGGGGACUGUCAAGGGAAAACUGGAGAGUCAGAAAAAAGAUUUCCCUGUUCACAAGAAUACUUUCCUUGCAUUUGCUGCUGGUAAAUUGUUGUGCAAGUGGGACAGAGGCAACACCCCCAGUCUCUGUGUCAUCAACAGAGCCACUCUGGCCCCUGAGAACACCUUUGGCAUGGAUGGUAACAGUUCAGGCCACAGUCUGCUGUUCAGUGAUGGGGAAAACAUUGGUUAUAUAGCCCCUGCCAAAGAGGAGGACAGUUUUGUGAUACGGACCUUUAGCCCUAUCAGCAAUCCUCCCAUGCAGCAAGUGAAUGAAGUGCCACUCAAACUGACCCGCAAGUGCAUGGAUGUGAUGGGGAGCACCCCUUUCGACUACACAUAUGAGAAGAGAACCAUUGUUUCAGGGUUUGAUGAAGACACCGUAAUGAUGGUUUCAGGCAAAGAGUUCAGCCUCAUCAAAACUAUUGGGGGCAAGGUCUUGUACCAUGGCAAAGCUGCCUCCCUGGGCAUCAAGCAGUCCAGCCAGGCUCAGGGCAAGUGGGCCGAGCUGACCAUCACAAAGUCUCCCAAGAUCACACACAUUGCCCUCGGCCAUGACGGCUUGCACGCUCUGAUGGUGGCUGAGGAUGGCAGUGUUUAUUUUGUCGGCACUGCCCGCAGAGGGGAAGAUGGAGAUGUGGGAGGCAAAGUACGGCGCCAGCCCAAGCCGACCAAGCCGCGAAAGAUGAGUCGCCUGGAAUCCAAGUUUGUGACACUGGCAUCAUGCAACAGUGGCACCAGUGCUGUGGUGACAAGGGACGGGGAGCUCUACAUGUUUGGCAAGGACACCAACCACCACUGCGAUCCCACCUCUGGCCAGGUGACUGAGCUGCGUGAUGUGCGUGUGGCCCAGGUGUGUCUAGGCAAGGCCCAUGCUGUUGUGCUCAGUUCCAAGGGUCAGAUCUACACAUUUGGCAUCAACAACAAGGGACAGUGCGGACGCGAGUUCUCUUCGCACGCCGCUUCUCCACGGGAUGCGACCCUGAACAUCACAAUGGCUGAAGAUGAAGAGGAAGCGGAGGUUGAUGAUAGCCUAUGUCCUCCAGGAAAGCACAAGUGGGUCUAUGAGGUGUGCAUGAUCUGCCCCGUGUGCCGUGAAUGCACCGGCUAUGGGGUGAGCUGUAUCAACAGCGGGCGCAAAGACAGGAAUCCGGGCAUGCCCUGUGGCUGUGGUGCUGGGGACUCUGGCUGCUCCGAGUGUGGCGUGUGCCGGGUGUGUGGGGAGGAGAAGUUGGCUUUCAAUGAGCUGGAUGAGAGAGGCUUGCUGGAUGUCGUUCAGGCUCGAAGAGCUCUCAAAGGAGAGGCUGGUGGUAAAAAAGAUAAGCUCCAGCUGCGGCAGGCUCAAAAGCUUGCUAAAGCCAGGAAACAAAGAGAAGGCACCAAUGAGGCAGAGGCGGAGAUCACCAAGCUGGUCAGCCUGACACCUGCGGAGACACAGAUCGAUGGCUCUGGCAGCCCUGCUGUACAGAUUGCUGUGGGUCUGCACCAUACAUUGGUCCUCUUGCAGAAUGGAGAUGUGUAUGCUUUUGGCAGCAAUAACAAUGGACAGCUUGGCCAAGGUCAUACUAAGAUAGAAGGGCGUCCAACCAAGGUCCCUCUGCCCUUCCCAGCUGUCAUGGUUGCUGCCGGCAGCCACCACUCGGCCUUCUUGCUGACCAGCGGUCAGAUCUACACUUGUGGAGAUCAUCAAAAAGGUGCUUUGGGUCGCAAUGGCCUGGACGAGUCCCCAGUGAAAAGCAAACACACCCCAUGGUACAGUGUGCCUGGGCCAGUGCCUAAUGUGGGUGCCAAGUAUGGCAGAAGGGCAACAUGGAUUGGGGCAAGUGGUGACCAGACUAUCAUGAGGAUUGACGAGUCACUGAUCAAUGCUCACACUCUCACCCGCUCCAAUAUUUUUGCCAGCAAGACAUGUAUUGGUUUGAUUCCUAGAGGUGACGAGAAUCCAGGAGCAAUGAAGUGUCUCAUGAUCAGCAAGUCUGAUGGCAACUGCAAAAGCUUCUCGGAUGAUGAACAGGAGGACCUGAGCCACCAAGCUGUGUGUCUGGACCCAGUUUAUGAUGUGUUGUGGGGGUACAACCCUCGCAGUCAAGAGAUCCGCUGCUACAACGUGCUGGUCAGUGAGGCCCAGAGCCUUACCAAGAUUGACCCGGGCUACUGUGACAUCUUCAGCCCUGAACUCGCUGUGCCCACCCGCAUUGGGUGUCAGGCCACACGCUCUCACUGUGCUCUACACAUGCUAGGUUGCCUGGACACUCUGACUGUAGCCAACCAGCUGAAGCUGCAGGUGGCGGAGGAGUCUCGGGAGAAGGCGGCCAUAAGCAAGGUUUACAGCAAAGAGGACUAUACAGUGGUCAACAGAUUUGAAAGUCAUGGAGGAGGCUGGGGUUACUCUGGUCACUCGGUGGAGGCCAUACGUUUUAUGUGUGACACAGACGUCCUGCUCGGGGGGUUUGGUCUCUUUGGUGGUCGAGGAGGAUACCUUGGGAGGAUUAAGCUUUUCGAGCUUGGUGUUGAAGGUGGAGAGAAUGAGGGUGAUGGAGAGCUUCUUGCAGAGACUGAGGAAACUCAGUUUGUUUGUGGUGCCAGGGAGAAGUAUUCAAUGCUUUUCGAUGAGCCUGUACCCAUUCAGGCCAACUUCUGGUAUGUGGCCUGGGCCAGGAUCUCUGGUCCAAGCAGCGACUGUGGGGCCAAUGGUCUUGCGACAGUUCACACUGAAGACUCAGUUGUGUUCAAGUUCAAGAGUUCCCGCAAGUCGAAUAAUGGCACGGACGUCAAUGCUGGACAGUUGCCACAGCUGCUCUACAAACUUCCACCUCGAGAUAGCCCAGCAGUCACACGGAAGGCUGAUCAAGUGGACCCAGCGCACAUCUUGAGCACAGAUUUUUCGCAUCUGGUCUCACCGCAAAGCCUGGAGGCCCUCCUGAAGCUGCUGGAGUACAGCUGGUCCGCCCUGCACGCCACAGUCCCCACAGCCUCAGGCUUCAAGGGAGAGCAGGAGGAGGUGCUGUCUGACCUCCAGAGGAUCGUCUUCAUUGCCAGGGCGUGCCUGAGGCUGCUUCGUACCUAUGUGGCUGACAUCUACCCUGAUGGAGUGAUUAAAAAGAAGACGCCACCAGAGUCCUCCCACCUUGCAGAGCGCGUGGGUGAUGCCCGUGACCUUUUGCGCAGAAUCCUGGCGGAGGACCUUCACCUGGGCAAGUUCCGUGUGAGCCUGUCAGAGCACCAGGGCAUGCGUCGGUACCGGCAGAUGCGUGAGGACGUCCUGAACGAAUGCCACGCCACCUUCCGCACAUGCUUCCAUGCCUUCUACCCGACAGGCCACCUCAAGUGGUGGUGUCUCUGUGACCUUCUCUGUCAGAUGGAGCCGAUAAUCGAAAGAAGAGGGACAGGACAGCAGAGCAGUCCCAAUGUGACGGGCAUAAGCCGGCUGCUGGCUGCCGUGAUGGAAGCCCUAUGCCACCCAGCGGUCAAGCUGACCUCGCUGAUGCCCAUCAACUGUGAGCCGGAGACGGAGGCGGUGCUCCGACGUCACAGCAUGAGCAUCGAUGACAACACCAACGCCAUGGCUAGGCUGGGGGAGCCUCACCGAUACCCUGUGCUGGCUGCUCACAUGACGUGUCGCAUGGAGGAGGACAACAUCCCUGCUGGCUCUCACGUGACCUUCAAGGAGGUGCUAGAUCGGCUCCUGAUGAUCGUGGCUGUCCCCGUGAGACAGCUCCUGAGCAAGGAGAGCCCAUCGUUCCCCCCGGCCCUGGUGGCCAACACAUGCGCUCUGCUCACCACCAUCAUUGGGGAGCUGGCAGCCUCUGCCAUGGGGUUGGAGAUGGAUGUGAAUGUGUCCUCGCGGCCCAUGCUGGUGACUCCAAACCGUUUUACGCGGGCCAGCAACACAUGCCAGUGGAAUACAGGCAAGGGUAGUCCUGAUGGCAUCGCGUUCUGUGUGGACCGGCCAGGCAUCGUCAUGGCAGGCAUCUGUGUCUACACAGGGUCCGGCACCAAUGAGUACGAAGUGGAAGUGCUCAAAGAAGAGGCUCAUCCGGAGGGAGCUGAGGGCCCCAAGCAGAGUGGCAAGCCAGAGUCCUGGUCCAGCAUACUGUCCACCAAAGGCUCCUACUCUUUCGAAGACUGCAUGAGUGACAUUUUCGAGGUCAAGUUUGACCGACCUCUGCCACUGAAGGAGGGACAAAAGUACGCUGUGCUGCUGAAGAACACGGGUGAGAAGACAAUGAGCGGAGACAGUGGGGAGACUAAGGUGCGCUGCACUGACGGUACAACUUUCACCUUCUCUUCUUGUGUGCAAAGCGCCAACGGCACCAACAUCAUCCGCGGGCAAAUCCCUCAGAUAUUGUACUACAGCACGCCUCAAGAGGGCGAGGCCCAGUCUCAGAACAGCCGCCACCUCAUGGAGCUCCUGGCUCGCCGCAAUGCCAUUGACAUCUGCGGUGCCAUCUGCCAUAUGGCUACCGACCUGCUGCACCGGGCACACUCCCACCCAGUGGCCACAGUAGGAGAGCACUUGGGCUCCUCCCAUCUUUUCUCCUCUCUGCUGCCCCUGGCUCUGGCUUACGCUGGACCUGUGGCCGUGCAAGAUCCAAGGGGGGCAGUGCAGAUCCUGUACCUGGUGCAGGAGAUCCUCCCCGCCGUGUCUGGGCUCACCCGCCUCAUGGUGCCCCCCGCCCCCAUGACCACCAGCAGCAGCAGCGGCAGCACCAACGCUCUGGACAACAGCAGCACCAGCAGCAGCAGCAACAAUGGUGGUGGAGGUGGCGAUGUGACACACAGCACCACCAGCCAGCACUACGCCUCAGUGGAGAGUGAGCACCCUUACAGGCCCGCCUGUGUGGUCAACUACAAGGUUGAGUUUCCUCUCGGUGUACGCUGGAUGGUGAUAGAGUUUGAUGGCCAGUGUGCCACCAGUCAGCCCGAGGAUUCUCUCCAACUCUACAUCCCUGCAGUCACCAGCCAUAGGUCAGAGCAGGGUCAAGUGGGCAAGGUCAUCACCAUGCCGAUGACCUCCAAAGUGGACAUUGAUCCCAAUGUAACUCAUUGGCCGAUCUUGAAGAAAUAUUAUGGCAACCACGAGUGGCCUAAGUCUGCUGUCUUGCUGCCUGGCAAUGAAGUUGUUUUCUCUUUGGAAACUGCAUCUGACUAUGUCAAGGAUGAGAAAGCUUCAUUCUAUGGGUUCAAGUGUCAGAUUGUUGGCUAUGAAUGGGGAGCCAAGCCUGAAGAGAGUAUCCUGAUGCUUGAAAGAGAACUGGCAUUCCUCGGUGGUAUGUGCUGCUCUGCGUUGAUGAAGAAAGACAUUCCCCUACCAUCAGCCAACCUGGAGGAGGUGGACGAUGACCUGGAAGUGAUAGAGGAAGGAGCUCGUGUGGUGUUUGAGAGCCACACCAGCCUGUUGGAGAAAGGCUUUGCCUUGUCCCAGCCCCCGACCAUCUACCAGGCCCUGGAGGGGAAUCUGCCUCUGCGCUGGCAGUCCAACGAGCACAGCUUCCUCAAGGACUUUGUCUCUUGUGCCCAGGGAACUAGCGGGGGAAGACUUGCCAGAUGGCUGCAGCCUGACUCCUACCUGGACCCAAAGCAGUGUGAGAUUGAAUGCAGCCGGGAAGACCUCAAGUGCAGCUGGCCAGCUAUGGUGACUGUCUAUACCAAAGACCAGUAUGGGAAUCUUGUCAAUGUUCCCAAUCUCAAGAUGGAAGUGCGAGCUAUCCCUGUUGACCAACAAGAACUCGGGGAGGACCUGAAGAAGAUGCGCAAGUUGAGCAGAGCCACAGAACCAUCGGACAUGACCUUUGGGGGUCACCCAGCACCCGUCUUGGACGUGCCAUAUGAGCCCAUCCUGAAGGACAGAAAGGACUUGUUCCAUGCCAUCACCAUCAUGAAGCGCUAUGAGAAUUACUCCUUUGAGGAGCUGCGUCUGGCGUCCCCCGCGGUGCCCCGCCCCAGUGAGAACAUGUUGGUGACCACGAACCGCGACGGGACCUACAGUGCCAGCUGGACGCCUGGCUCUGUGGGCGUGUACAACAUCAUCAUCAUCAUUGAUGGGGUGCAGUCAGGUAGUGAUGGCUUUAAGGUUGAGGUGAAGGAACCGCCUCAGGGAGCCCCGCCCCCUGUCACUGCACAGAAGUCUCAGCCUCCAAAGACUCGCAAGUUUGUGGCCAAGUACAGUGCAGGCUUGAGAAUUCGGGUCAGCCCGACCCUUCAGAGUGAGCAGAUAGGAGUUGUACCUCCUAACUGUGUCAUCUCCUUUGUGGAUGAGACCACAAAUGAUGACGGCAUGUGGCUGCGUCUGUCCCGAGCCUCACUAAUGGAAUUCUGCGGCCUUGAGGAGGAUGGUUCGCGGUCAGAAGGCUGGUGUCUGGAGUACAACCAGCACCUAGACAAGACCCUGUUGAUACCUGCAGAGACCCCGAAGCCUCUCCAGAGUCACCGCAGCCCACGACACGCUGCGGAGAGCAGGCGGGAACACCAUCGAGCCCGCAGUGGGAGUCACUCGUCCCAUGGUGUGGCUGCAGGUGGCUUGAUGGGCUGGCCCACCAAAGGCCCGGGGACUUACAUGGUGACCAAAUGCGGGGCCUCAGGUCACAACAUCCGCGCCCGGCCGAGUCUGAGAGCUGCUCCUAUCGGCAUGGUGACCAAGGGGAAAAAGAUCAAAGCUGUGGAAGAUGUGGUGACCUCAGAGGGCGUGUGGAUCCGGCUGUCCGAGGACUCUGCCCACAAGUACUGCCUCAGUCCCAUGGCCUCCGAAGCUUGGUCACUGGUCAGUGGGAUUGACAAGGCCCAGUACAUGCAGCAUGAGUCAGAGUUCCCAUUUGGUGGGCGUGGACAAGACCCCUUUGCGUUCCGAAGCCUUCCACCGCAGUCCCAGCAAGGCUUUGACUUUGCCAUGAAAGCGGCACAGUACGCCAACACUUUCCCAGGAUUCUUCCCCAGUGAAGAAGCGUUUGGCAAGAGUAAAAGUAUGCCAUCAUCUGCUUUCAAUUUUGGAGGAAUAACAGGUUUUCAGCCCAAGAUACCUCUGCCCAGAUUUGGAGAGCCCCCAGCUCCAGAUGAAGCAUUUGGUCACACUUCCUUCCCCCCAUCCCCACCUCCUCCCAAUCAGAACUGCAAUGAGGAGGAGAAUGGAGCAGAUAUUGGCCUGGAGGAGGCAAUCCUUGCAGACAGAAUUCUGCGCCAGAGGCAGAGGUCUGGCUCGAACCCCAAUCCGUUCAUGUCCGUGCCGCCUCUCCCAGCCCACCAGAUGACCAGCCACCAGCGGUCAUUGUCCACUCGCAAGGCCUCUGACCCCGGUCUGGUGCGGCUGACCCUGCAGGACAACAAGGACAUCCCUCCAGAGCUGCAAGGGGUGCCCGUCAACGAGCUAGUCAAAGCCCUAGACACUGCAAAGGGCACCAAAACCACCAAUCGAUCUACUUACAUUUACUGUGAUGAUGAUGUCAUAGCGUGUCCUAGUUUCACUGCCCUAGGCCUUAAACUGUGUUAUCCAGCCAUUAACCCUCGGAAAUUGGCAAGAUUAGUGGGAGAGUCUCGGGCCAAUGGGAAUGGUCCAACGCCCCAGCCCUCCCCACCUGGCUCACCAAAGCGAGGCUCACGUGAGAGUAGCCCAAAACCUUCAGAAAAACGUUCAUCUGAGAGAGAAUCUUUGGGAAAAGAUGAGCAGUUCAAAACCCCGCCCAGUAGCCCGAUCCCAACGCGGGUGAUUCGAGGCCCUCUCCAGAAAGUGGACUCAUUUGACAAGUCCAACACACCCACCCCGCCAACCACACCUCAGUCAGAGAGAUCGGACAAGGCAGCGGGUUCAAAACCACCACCAGCCUCAGGCUUGACCGCUACCUUGCCAGAGAACAACAAAAACACGUCAGAAAGUUUAAGUUCUUCUCCUAUGUCUGUGGAUACAGAUAGCUCAAAGACCAAAGACCUGGAUCUGAGCCCUAGGGAAGUAAGAAUAGGAGAAGGGGCAAAGUUGAAGCUUCUUCCUUCAGACACGGAAAAGUUGCUAGGUGUGACCGCGUCAAGCUCACCUCUGGGUGUUCCUUCUGGUGAGAAAAAGAUGAGCCCCGUGGCGGUGGUGGUGCCCACGGUGAAGACUGUGGCAUCGUCCAAUAGCACAGUGCCAGAAACAGCCCAGAGAAGUGGACAGGGCCAGGACCCGGCCGUCGCUGGAGGUCUGGCCACUGGGGGAGGUGUGAGAGCUCGCUUCCGGUCUCCACCCGUAUCCAAUGAAAGACAUGAUGUCAGCAGUGGCUCUCAAGGUGUAGAUAUGGUGGACAUUGGAGCAGUGGGAGCCAGCGAAGGCACGGCGGUCGCGGUGGCGGGAGCUGCCAGUGGGAGUAGCACUUCCUCCAGUGGAUCCAGGAAAUCCAGCAUGUUCACCAUUGGGACGGCUUCGCCAAAAGACGACUCUAUACGACUGUCUCCCAAGUCAACAAGAAAAGAUCGGAGUCGUUCUAGUCGAGUGAAGCGGGAGAGAGCAUCGUCACCAUCAACAUAUGAAGUAGCUCCCCUUCAGAGAGCCAGAUCUGCAUCUGCUUCAAAGAUCCUGGACAGAACCCGUGGUGCUGUGGUGAAGGAUGCCUUGUCCCCAGCUGCUGCCGAGUGCCUCCGUGCUGUCUUCGCUGCCUUUAUGUGGCACGAGGGCAUCGUACAUGAUGCUAUGGCCUGUGCUUCCUUCCUCAAGUUCCAUCCAGAUCUCACUAAAGAGAUGUCUAAGUUUGUCAAGGAAAAGAAGCACGCCAACACAGAACCCCGGCGCCAGCGCCAUGCCACCGAGUCCAGCAAGGACAGAGCCCACCCCCGCCGUAAGGACAACAUAAACGAGAGCCGUGUACGCUUCAACCUGGAGCCCCAGUACUCCGAUGUGGACAUAGAAGGGCCGUGUGAGCCGUAUCUGCCCCCAAAACCGAGGUCAACCCGUGUUGGCUCCAGCCCUGCUGUGGAUAUGCCGGUCAAGCCUCUGUUGUGCGAGACCAAGUCCGAUGCCUACGUGGAGAGCGGCUCCUCGCCCAUGGGAUCCAUCAAGCGACAGGUGGAGCGGCACAAGUCGGAGGGAGGCACCGCCCAGUUCCACGCGCUGAUUGAGGCAGCAGCCAAGCCAAAAGGAGACAAGGAAACCCAGCUGCCCAAGACCCUUCAGCACUUGGUCCACUUCUGGGAGGAGCUGUCCGAGUCUGUGGUGCAGGUGAUGAGCCAGGACGCCGUGCCCCCGAGCCCCGCCAUGGCCGCCCGCAUCAAGCAGCACGAGCGACGCGAGAAGGACCGCGACAAGGAGAAAAAAAUGAAGAGGAGGAAAGGAGCCAAGCCGGCCCCACUGCCCAUCAUGGAAGGAGGUGGUGGUAUUCCCAACCUGGCAGGGAGGGCCCAGGAGAUGUUUGGUGAUGCGUUUGUCCGCAUGUUCCGUCCCCCGCCCGGAGGAGCUGGGGGAGACGUUCAUCCUUUGGCUGCAGCGGCCGCAGCGGGGGGAGCUGGGAGAGAUGCCGACACUUUCUGUGAUCUCUGUCAGGGUAUGUUUCCACACCCUGUGACUUACCACAUGCGCCAGGCUCACCCGGGCUGUGGGAAGCAUGCAGGAGGCAAAGGCUACAACUCCAGUGGUAUCUUCGGCGGGGGCUGGGCUGGCACCUGUGGUGAGGGCGGUAUUGGAGAGUGCUCCUGGUAUCUGCUGUGUGAGAAGUGCCGAGAGAGGUACAUGAAGGAAAAGAAAUCUUCAAAAGACAAAAAUCGGAAAGGAAGGAAGAAAAGCAUGAGCCUGGCUCCUGGGUCUGCUUCCUCCGCCGGUGGCAAGCCCCAGAACUUCCUGUCUCCCAUGGAGGCUCACCACAUCCUGAAGAACAACGCUCAGUUCCUCCUGGAGCUGGCCAGUUCCUCGGGACUCUCCCUGCCCAAGCACAACAAGUCGCGGCCCUUGUCCCUCCCCCGCGGUGGGGACAUGUACCUUCCCAGUGUCAGCGAAAGUGGCACCGACCCCGACCCUUUCCCUCCUGUACCCUUCCAGUAUCUCAACCUUCACAAUGCGGGGAACUCGGACUCGGCCUUUGCCGAGGACUUUUUCGUCGCAGAAGAUGAGAGGGUGUUUUUACGCUCAGGGUCCAUGAGCAGUCCGCUACAUCAGAAGCAGAAUUUGCCUCCAUAUCGGCCACGUCUGCCCACUGAACCGCGGCAUAGUCCUCUGGCCAGGUCAGGCUCUUUAGGGCAGGACACACGUCCAUUUUCACAGUUGCUGCCAUCUUUGAAGCAUGAAAACACAAGAGCUCUGCUGGAGAAGCAACCAAUGACAAAGAGCGCUGGCACCAGCCCGGACUGGGAGCAAGAGGGACACAAAAAGGCUUUCCACCGCAGCGUCUCUGAGUACACGUCGGAGAACGAUGCUGACGAGCAGGAGUUUGUCUUCUCACGGGCUGUGUCUGUGUCUUCGCGACGACGCAACAACAGCGGAAGUGUCGUAGAUGGAGGAGUUUCGUUGCUGAAGCACCCGUCGGCCGCAAUGACCAGACUAAUCAGCGCUGUGGAGAAGAGGAAUGGAGGCCACACUCUGCAACGUCCAGUCAUGGAAUUCAUUGUCCAGCGACACGAUCUGGAAGGCUUACAGCUGGCCAUGAAGCAGGCAUUGAGGAAAGCCAUGUGUCGUGUCUUUGCCAUGCAGGCUAUGAACUGGUUGAUCCGCAGUGUGGUGCAGCAGAUUUGUUUGCAUGACUUACUCUGGUUCUUUGUCGACUCACUCAUACCUGCUUCUGAGGAUGAGACAGAUGCCGAGGAAGAAGGGGAAGGCGAAGCGAAGAAAAAGGAGCCAAAGAAAGACCUAGAGGACGUGCCAAUGUGUGACCACCCCAUGUCAGAUAUUGUCAUUGCUGGCAAAGCUGCCGCCCAGCUCCCUGAGACCUUCCACACUUUGCUGCAGACCAUCAGUGAUCUCAUGAUGCUCCUGCCCAUGGGAUCAGCUUUGCAGCAAAUGGCGGUGCGCUGCUACUGCCUGCAGUUCAUGCAGUCGGACCACCAGUUCCUGCACGAGUCUCACGUGUUCAGCAACCUCAGCCGCAUCCUCAGCAAGUCAGAGGAGGAGCCAGAGGAGGGGCAGCUGGAUGCCUCCAUGAUGCGAAGAUCUGUGUCCAUGUUUGAUCCGAUCACUCACAAAGUUCUGUGCCUCAAGGACCUCAUGGGCAUGACAGAGAUCAAAGCUUCCAGUAGACAGGCCAUGAUAGGAAGCCUUACAGACAAUUCGACAGAAACAUUUUGGGAGAGCGGGGAUGAAGAUCGCAACAAGAUGAAAGUCCUGACUUUGAUCUGCUCUGAGAAGACGGUGCCCCAAGUGAUCUAUGUACACGUCGACAACAUACGUGAUAUAGGGAACAAAGUGUCAAGUGUCACUUUCAAUGCUGGCAGCCAAGCUGAUGAUCUGAAGAAAGUCAAACACGUUGAGGUGGACGUUCUCCACUCGGGUUGGAUCCGCUGCCCGGUGCCGGGCUCGGCCUUCUCCCCACUGCGCCACAUGACCGUGGAGUUGAAGGGCUCGGACCAGAGUCUACGCCUGCGACAGGUCAAGAUCCUGGGCCUGGUGGAUGACGAGGACACAACGGUGGAGGUCAAGAAGGGCGCAGUUCAGAUCCAGCAGGACAACUGUGAGGGGGAGACGCUCAAGGUGUUCCGGAUCUUAACCUCACAGGUGUUUGGUAAGUUGGUAACCAGUCCAGAAGAGAGCGAGAGCGAGGAGGAUAAGAAGGAGGACAAGGACAAAGACAAGGACAAGGCAGACGGUGACAACGACCUCAAGGAGCACAUGGUCAGCAUUCUGUUCAGUCGCAGCAAGCUGUCACACAUGCAGAAACAGGUGUGCAACCACAUUGUCCAAGGAAUCCGAAAGGAAGCGGUGAAGAUGCGAGAAGAAUGGGAACAUGGGCUGUCACAGGCGUCAGGCUCUGCGGAGGAAUGCCACGGCUCUGACGUUUAUUGCUUUGAGCUCAUCUCGAUGGUGGUUGCUCUGAGUGGUUCGUCUGUGGGCCGCAAAUACCUGGCUCAGCAGUACACGCUCAUACAUGACAUGUUCAGUUUACUGCACACAGCCACACCGCGCAUACAGAGACAGAUCACCAUCAUCUUCCGGCGUGUGCUGCCAUGGGUGAAGCCCCAGGUCCUGGCCAUGAUUCUCUCCAUACCCAAUCUGCCACCCAUUGACUACAACAUCGUGGGUGAGUCGGAGGGAGACUCGACCUUUGACCCGGAGGCCCCAGGCAUUCUUGACGUGUUCUUGUCCUGUGUGGCCAAGUCUCUCAGCGUCCAGAUGAAGGUGAAGAGUUCCGGUCCCAGCAAGGUCAGCACCACUUUGACUUUGUCACAGUGCCUGGAGGAUUCUGCACGGUCCACUCGCUGGUGGCUGCGGGGAAAGAUGGACUCUGGCCUGGCCUCCAGCAUCAUGGAGCUGGUCAAGGAAAUGGCUGCUGGCAAGCUGUCCGAAUCUUGGGCUACCUUCACGAAGGCAGCCAUCGCGGAGACCAUUCUGAACAUGACCAAACUAGAUGAGACUCACAGAGACCCCCAGACUUGUGUGAAGACUCCAACUCUGUGGCUUGCCCUUGCCUCUCUGUGCGUGUUGGAUCAAGACCACGUGGACCGCCUGUCCUCGGGUGAGUGGGUCUCCAGUCCGGACCACCAGCACGGCCAGCCCAGGCCAACUUGUGACAACCACGACGACGGAGUUACCCCUGCCAUCAUCCUGUGUGGAGACUGCGGCAACUUGUGUGCUGAGUGUGACCGCUACCUCCACUUGCCACGGCGCAUGCGAGGACACCAGAGACAGGUGUUCAAAGAAGAGGAAGAGGCAAUCAAAGUGGAUCUUCAUGAGGGAUGUGGCAGGAUUAAGUUGUUCUGGGUCAUGUCCCUCGUUGAUUCGAGAACUUUCAAAGCCAUGGUGGAAUUCAGAGAAGGAAAAGUGUCUGGUGCAAGUAUUGGACCAGGUACAUGUCGGUUCUGUGGCCGCACAAGCAACACGGGACUUCUGGCCAUUGGCAACGUCUGCUCUGACCCUGAAUGCCAGGAGUACUCAAAACUGGCCUGUCAUCGCAUGCUGAGCUGUGGCCAUCUGUGCGGAGGUAUAGCUGGGGAGGAUCCCUGUCUCCCGUGUUUGCACCGCUGUCGCGCCUCAGACCAGGAGCUGCUCAAACAGGACGCAGACGACAUGUGCAUGAUCUGCUUCACCGAGGCUCUGGCUGCUGCUCCGGCAAUACAGUUGGCUUGCUCCCACGUUUUCCACCUUCACUGUGCUAAGAUGAUCCUCACAAAGAGAUACGUCGGGGCUCGCAUCACGUUUGGCUUCUCUCUCUGCCCGAUCUGCAAGAGCACCAUUGAGCACCCAGCCCUCAAGUCGCUCCUUGAACCGAUCAAAGCGCUGAAGGAGGACGUCCGGCGUAAAGCUUUGAUGCGACUGGAGUACGAGGGCCUGGACCGAGCGGAGGCCAUCACCACACCAGGCGCUCGCUUCUACCAGGACCCAGCUGGCUUUGCUAUGGAACGCUAUGCUUACUAUGUCUGCUUCAAGUGCAAUAAGGCUUACUAUGGAGGAGAGGCACGCUGCGAUGAGGCUGUUGGAGGUGGGGACGACUUUGAUUCCUCAGAGCUGGUGUGUGGGGCGUGUUCCGACGUGUCGCGAGCGCAGAUGUGUGCCAAGCACGGGGCCGACUUCCUGGAGUACAAGUGCCGCUACUGCUGCUCCGUGGCCGUCUUCUUCUGCUUCGGCACCACCCACUUCUGCAACCUUUGCCAUGAAGAGUUCCAGAGAGUCACUGCCAUUCCCAAGACCAACCUCCCCCACUGCCCGGCUGGGCCAAAGGGUAUCCAGCUGGAGGGAGAAGAGUGUCCUCUUCAUGUGAAACACCCGCCCACAGGGGAGGAGUUUGCUCUAGGAUGCGGCGUGUGUCGUAACGCACACACGUUCUAACCACACCCGUCCAGACUCCGCCCUCUGACUAAGGUGUUAGUUUGAAUAGAAAAAGAUGGAAUUUGAGAAUGGGGUUUGAAGCUUUACAAUGCAAAACUUUCACUCCAAUGUUGCUGUAGAUAUGAGCCAAUUAGUUUUGAUAGUUCCUCUACGACAGCAGAGACAGCCACCGAGAUUCGUUUUAUGUGAAGCUACUGACAAACGUGUGUAUGUGUGUGCAUUUUCUAAAUAUUUCUCACAAAGUGUUUGUUUCAGCCUGGAGAUCCUAGCCGAAUAGACAGUAACACUUAUGAAAUAUUGUCUUACUUUAUUAAACUUUCUUACUUAUCAAUGAAAUGUGCAGGGCUGUCACAUUCAUAUAAUUUCAGUAAUAAUUCUAGAAAUAUGUGUUUGUGAUAAAAAAAUUCACUUAGCUUUCAAAUAAAUUAUGCAUUGUUGAAUGUGAAACCAGGCGCUCGUCAAAAUAAUGAAAUCGAAGAAGAAGAAGCCAGCAUUCUUCUGCCUGUUGGCCACAUUUCUUAUAUAUUUUUUUUUGGGGGGGGGGGGGGGGGCACAGCACCUUUUAUGUCCGCUUAAAAACACUUUUCAGGGUGAAUUUUAUAGAAAAAAGAUGAUCAAAGGCACACACAAAAUGUAUUUGUACAGUUUCCAAGUACACCCAAGCAUUAUAAGUCACCAAAUGUUGGCGCUCAUUUUCUCACUAAAUUUCUCAUUCACACAAAGGCUUCCCCAACCUUAUUCAAUAGAAAAUAACUUUUCUUUAUUCAAGAUAGAUGGGUACUUUUUUCAUUAAAAUGCAAGGAAAAUAAAUUUACUUUUUUCGCAAGGUAAUACAGGCCGAAAAAAACUAAGUAAAUGCAGAGGCUUACUUUAAGAUAAUAUUAAAAACUCCACACUCCACAUGCCCAAAAAUUGAUGAGUGCCUGAUUCCACCAUUAAUGAAUUAAGGUGUGUAGAUGGUGGAAGUUGAAUGAACAGUAACUGCUCCCAUUUUAAUUCGUUUUCUGUUGGUUUUUUUGUUUGGUUUGUUUUGUUGGGGUUUUUUUGUUUGGUUUGUUUUCUUGGUUUUUUUGGGGGGGAGGGGUCGUUUUGUUGGGUUUCUUUUUAAUUUUUUAAAUGUAGGCUCGCCUGCUUUUAGGGUAAGGUCUUUGUGUGCAAAAGGACACAAGGCUGGAUUUAUGUACUGUCAUGAAUUUGCUAUGGUAAAAGAGGAAUGAGCACCCAGUUUUCUUUCUAUAUUGUUUGCAUACUUAGAAUAAAAUAAUGUGUUAUAACGACAUUUACUUUCUCUUUCUACAUAGUUAUGCUUCCUACAUGCUAUACUUUUUUUUUUCAAUAAAGUUGAACAGCAAAACACCUUUUGAUUGUCGUAGAUUAUGUUUAUGCAGAAUUUUGUUUGUUCUCUGCAGUGAUCAGUUCUCGUGGCUUGUGCUGUUGUUUAUGCAUUAUUUCCUUUUGCAUAACUUUGUUAUGGACAUGGACAUUGAUGAAGACAGUUGUUGGUUUUGUGACCUUUUUAGUUUUAUAAUUUUCAAGAGAAAAAAUAGUUUAUUGUUUCUAUUUUGUUUUGGUUGGUUGUUUUUUUGUUUUUUGUUUUUUUUGGGGGGGGGGUGCUUGUUUUUAAUGACAUGGGUUUUUUUUCGUUAAGAAGUUCAAUGUCAACUGUAUGUGCAACAUGGCUAAAAAUGAGAUUUGAAUGUUUCACUUUAUGCUGACUAUCACCUUAUAGGGUUGAAGUUUGAGAGAUUUCAAGCUGCCAAUUUCAUAGCCUGUUAAUUUUUUCUUGUACCAGUCACUGGUUUUAAAGUUGUAAAGUUGAUUACUAGUACACAGUCAUCAAGUCAUAUGUAAUUUGCUUUUCCUAAAUGGUGUAGGAGUGUCCGCUUAAUUGACUCCGAAAGACUUAUUCUGUCGAUACUUUCUCUGUGGGCUCUGUAGAUAAGUUCCUGUUUUGCAUUGUGUGAUGGUUGUGUGCGUCAGUGUCUGUGCUUUUUCUUCCACGGUUUUACGGCUGGUGACUUAUCUUCCAAGUAAGAGAGUAGAGUACCUCAAAGACGCGCACUGUGCACAAAGCUCAUAGUAGAAAACUGCCUGAUCCAUUUAUCCCAUGGAUACAAUAUAUUAUCAUUAUCAAUGUGGUGGGAUGUACUCUGUAAAUUUAUUGCAUAUUAUUUUGAUGUUUCAAACAUGCACUUUCUCUGUCCACUCCAGAUACCAGUGAGUUGGAAGUUGUUGGAUGUUAUACGGGUGAGUUGGGGAUGCAACUUGCAAUGGCCAAAGUUCACAGCGUGGUGUCAUUCAAAGCAAGACUUCAUUUAGAAGCUGUGAGGCUAGGAGGGGUUUUAAUAUUGAAUGAUGUCUGCUAGCUGAACUUUUCGACCUGGGUAAAGUUGGUCACCCACGCACCCCAAAACUGAAUCGUGUCUACUGUAAACUGUGUAGUGAACCCUGUGGGAUGUGGCCAUUCAAUUCAUGUGCACCAGGAGCUUGAAUCUGUGUGGUGGCCAUGCUCUCACUGCUCUAAUGACCUUUAACCUUUGAUCUGUCCUUGUACCUUUGUCAUAACGCUGCCGAUUCAUUGUAUUACUGUGAUACGCUGGUGUACAAAAUAAUGCAUACAGAAUUUUUUGAGUCAAUGCAGUUUGAAAAGAAUAAAGUUGCUUGAACUUCUCAAGUUA